UCUGUAUCGUGGGACAGUAUACUGGCUCCGCGUGCAAUGAUUGGCGCACGGUCUCGAAUGUCAGAAUUCCACCACGCAUUACACGGCACAGCCGUCCCCUCAAAUAAGCAAAACCUCUCGCCCCUGAAGCUUCACCCUCUGUCGUCACUCUUUUUCACUUGCUGCAUGGUGGAUCCGAAUACGAAUAACAACACUCAUAUAACGUUGGAUCGAAUAUGAUCUCACGAGCUCUCGCGCUUGCGCCCUUCGUGGCGUCAGCCGCGGGGCAACUGGGUUUGGGUGGUCUUUUUGGUGGUGGAGCGACGCCGACUGCCAGUACUGGAGGAGGAGGGGGCCUGAUCGGUUCCAUCGCGGAUCCAAUCUUAAAUCCUUUGGCUGAUGGUUGGACCUUCCGUGGCUGCUAUGGGGAUGUGAAUACAGAUGAGCUGGGCGGUGUGCUUCGUAGUGCGCCGCUGGGUCAAGUUAUGGACGCCACAGUCUGUGAGACGAUCUGCAACACAGUGGACAUUCUAUUGCCCGCGAACUACGCCGUCAUCUACAAUACCGACUUUUGUCUUUGUCCAAGCACAAUCACGCGUACAUUAGAUCAGAACAACUGCUUCACACCUUGUGGUGGUCUGCUGCUUGGAAGUUCCGGCGAGUCGUGCGGAGCGCCAGGGAAAGCUGUAGUGUGGGGUAGGGGUUCAGGUACGAAUCUACUUCCGGUAGCAAGCUCCACACCAAUAGAUGGCUUUGUUCCGCCUGUCAACUCUGGUGUUGGUCCGCCUCUCGAAUCUGGUGUUGGUGCGCCUGUCAGGUCUGGUUUUGGCCCGCCUGUGAUCUCUGGUUUUGUUCCGCCUGUCAACUCUGGUGUUGGUCCGCCUCUCGAAUCUGGUGUUGGUGCGCCUGUCAACUCUGGUGUUGGUCCGCCUGUCAACUCUGGCGUUGCUCCGCCUCUCGAAUCUGGUGUUGGUCCGCCUGUCAACUCUGGUAUUGCUCUGCCUGUCGAAUCUGGUGUUGUUCCGCCAGGCGGCGCCACCACACCCAGUGAUGGAACACUUCCUGGUCUUCCUGGCGCCGGAACAACCCCGAUUGAGCCAGUCAUCACGCCUCCUGUUGGCGGUGGAACACUUCCGGGUCUUCCAGGCGGUGGAACACUUCCGGGUCUUCCAGGCGGUGGAACACUUCCGGGUCUUCCAGGCGGUGGGACACUUCCGGGUCUUCCAGGCGGUGGGACACUUCCGGGUCUUCCAGGCGGAACGAUUCCUGAACUCUCCGGAGCAGCACCAGCACCAUCUGGCGCAGCUGGUGGAGGUACCGGUGGCCUGAUCGGGAACACCUUAGAUCCGAUCCUAGAUCCCUUGGCCGGGGGCUGGACCUUCCAGGGCUGCUAUUCAGAUGUGAACGUGGAUGGACUAGGCAGUUUGCUUCAGACAGCACCCCUGGGCCAGACCAUGGAUGCGACCGUCUGCCAGACAAUAUGCAAUACAGCGAACAUCCUCUUGCCAGUUAAUUACGCUGUUAUCUAUGAUACUGAUUUCUGUCUCUGCCCAGCUACAGUUACGCAAACGCUAGUCCAAAACGAUUGCUUCACGCCUUGCGGAGGCCUAUUGCUUGGAAGCCAAGGCCAACAGUGCGGAGCGCCAGGAAAGGCAGUGGUAUAUCACAGAGGGUCGGAUCAGCUGUUGAAGACAAUCGUAAAAUGA